CAGACAGACAGACAGAGAGAAACUCUUCAACCGAAACCCAACACAACGACAAGUAUUGUUUUAACAUAACAACAGAUUUUAAACCGUCUCGCGGCUCCGGAGCUGCCGAGCACCGAACCGGAGUGUCGACCGGAUCCCGGGAGACGUUUCGGGGCUUUAAAGUUGACGGUGUUUGGGUGAACUUGUCCCGAGUUGUUGUGGUGGUGUCGGUGGUGGAUGUUGGCGACGACGGAACAAGAGGAGGAAUAAUGUCGCUGUCUCUGUUUUGACUCCAUUUUCCCCCAGAGAGACGGAAAAGGUUAAAGAAGGAGAAGCAGACAUGGCCGAGGCUCGGUCCGAAGAAGAGGAGGAAAACAUGAUGAGGGACACCCGGGAACAAGUGGUCCGACGACAGCCGAACAGCUCCGGAGGUCGUGCUGACAGACGAAAGCCAGAGCAUCGUCACAGCCAGGGUCCCCUCUCGUCCAUCAGAGCCGCCAUCAAGAGAACGUCCACCAGGUCGACUUCUCUCUCGGAGACUCCCAGAGACAGAGAGCGAGACAGAGAAAGAGACAGAGAGCGAGACAGAGAAAGAGACAGAGAGCGAGACAGAGAGCGAGACAGGAGGCGACCAGAGAUCACCAUCCUGUCUGCAGAGCCGCUGGCCUCCACGUCCUGGUUCCCAGGGGCCUCUGGAGGAUUCCCGCCUCCCCCUCCUCCUGCCGCACAGAUCUGGGGACCCACAAUCCCUCCGUCCAUACAGCCUCCUCCUUCCUAUGAGGAGGUGAUCAGAGAGAAGACACAGGAGCAGGGUCUCCUGCCUUCUUCUUCCUCCUGCUCCUCGUCAUCCUCGCCACGUCCAGUUUCCACAAUAACCAUCGCCACACAGACUGACCCAGCGUCUGCUCCCGACCCCGAGGACGCACCGGAGAGAAGACCGGUGAGACCACCACGACCACGACCGCCUCUCUCUUACCCUCCCAAAUCGUCUCACAUUGAUGACAUCACCGCCAGCCAAUCAACACUCACCUCCAUUAGCAGUGACAGUAUUAACACACACGCCUCCUCCCCUGUGACCUCAACCACCGGUGCUCAAACUGACCAAUGGGAUCAGGCUUCAGCUGCUGUUGACACGGCGACUACAUCUACUACAUCUUCUCACGCCCAGUUGCAGCGUCCACGCCCGCGGCCUCGUACUAAGAUCGGUGUCCAGCCAAUCAGCAACGAGGUCAAAGUUCAGACUUUGGUGAAACUCCGUGAGGACGGUUUGGCCACGCUAGCCGCCCGCACAGAAGCCGACACCGCCAACCAGGAAGUGAGUCAGGGGAAGUACCUGCAGGAGCUGCUCGAGGCCUUCAGCUCAGACGACUGGGGCUUCCCUGAUCGCCGCAGCGACAGCAGCGGGCACAGCCAAUCAGAGAGUGAGGAAGGGGAGGAGGAAGUGGACGGCGAGGACAUGGCGACUCUGAAGGCGAGGAUACAAGCCUUCGAGCAGCAGCAGGUGGCUGAUGGGAGCUGCGGGGACGCUAACAACAGAGACUUUGUUGUCACAAAGAGACCUGAACCCCGGCCGCGCCCUCGUCUCCAGGGGCAACCAGCCAAAUCUGCCCCUCCCAUCGUCGCACCAAAACCCAAAAACUUUUCACAUGCUCCGAAACCAUCCUGCAAGGUUUUCUGGGAAGAUGGUAGUUUGGCGGCGGCGGCGGUGGCGCCAGCAGACUCGAGUGGCGCAGAGACUCUGAAAAUAACUGAACCGCCGUCUGAAGACUUGAACCCUAAACCUGCUACAGAACCAGCACCUUCCUGUGCCCCGAAACCUGCUCCAGCUUCGGCGCCCCCACCCCCCAGAACCACUGAAAAACCUUCGCUCACGCCAAAACCCCAGGCUGCUCCAGACACCCUCCCAGCCGGUAACCCCGCCCCCGUCCCGGCGCCCAGGCCCCCUCCUCCCAAACACACCUCCUCUCUCAGUGACACUCCCUCCCCAGCCAACCCCAAACCCCCACCCAGACCUCCGGUCGCCCCUAGGGCCAGCGCUGGAGCCCCACCCCAGGAUAAGAGCACCGCAGCCGGACACACCACCCCGACUCUGCCCCCGAGACCCUCAGUGGAGGUCGGCAGUGGAGCACAGACAGAGACAGGAAGUGACGAGACGCAGGACGCUGUGAACCCAAUUGUGAAAGGAGGAAGUUUCCGUCCAGGCAUCCCGACCAAACCAGCAGCACUGACCUCCCCACGCAGAGCCAGCGCUCCAAAUCUGGCCCCCAAACCCACAGGACUCUCGACAACGCCUCCAGAUCCAAACCCAGCCCCCGCCAAACCUGCAGCUGCUCCAGCUACAACCUCCAAACCAUCAGGACCGGCCGCCGCCGCUCCAGUCCCAACCAAACCUCCGACUCUGACUCCAGCUCCGGUUCCAACUCCGGUUCCAACUCCGGUUCCGGUUCCGGCUCCGGCUCCGGCUCCGGCUCCGGCUCCGGCUCCGGCUCCAGCUCUGAGGAAAGGCCCUGUGAUCCAGACCAAAGCUGAAACCGACAGCACCGCUAACCCAAAGUCCUCAGACCCUCCUCUUCCUCCACGGCCUUCAAGUGGAAAGUUCCUCCCACUUCGUCCUCCACCAAUCAAAUCCAUCCCUGGGCGACCACCGCCUCCAGCCGUCACCUCGACUCCCUCAGCCAAUCAGACCCCUCCCCCUCCUUCCAAAACCGGUCCCGCUCCCUCUGUCUCACCUGUUGGCCAGUCUGCACCUUCACAGACCACGCCCCCUUCUCCUCGGUCUGUAACGGCCAAUCAGCUGCAGGCUCAGAAGGCACCGAAGAGAGGACCGCCUCUGCCCCCCCGGCCUAAACCUGGACAUCCUCUCUAUAACAGCUACACGAAACAGGAAGUCCUGAUUGUCCUGGAUGACCCCAGCCCGGCUCCCUCAGAGCAUCAAACCCCCGUCGCCCCCGUCAUCAGCCCCUCACAGUGUCUGCUGGACCUGGACACCCCACCAGAGCCGCUCCCGGAUCAGGACCGCCAGUCGAAACCUGCCCUGGAGGAGCUCGGCCUAUCAGAGUCCCAGUCGAUCCUCCCUGUGCAGCCCGCUGAGCAGAAGGAGCAGCCAGACCCUCCCCCUGUCAGCGGUCCCCGGUGCGUCGCCCUGUUCGACUACGAGGGCGAGGAGGAGGACGAGCUCACCUUCUCCCAGGGUGAUGUCAUCGCCCUGCUCGAGCUCAUGGGGCAGGAGUGGGGGCGGGGCCAGAUCCACGGCCGGGUGGGAGUAUUCCCCCUGAACUUCGCUGAGGUGGUGGAGCCGCUUCCGCAGCCGCCGCCGCCGCCAUCGCCAGGGGAGACGACAAAAAGUACGUCGGUGGACACGGCAGUGAUAGAAAGUUCUGAACCAAAGACUCUGCAGGACCCAAACCCAGAGGCAGAGGAGUGGGCUGUGGCUGUGUUUGACUUCCCUGGUCAGACUGCAGAGGAUCUGUCCUUCCACAAGGGGGCGGUGAUCCGAGUGACGGAGCACGUCGACGCAGAAUGGAGGAGAGGAAGACUGGAGGGGAGGGAGGGGCUCUACCCCGCUGCCUUCACACAGCCCUACCAGGUCCCAGACCAGCAGUGGGCAGGUAAAGGAGCGGCCAAGGCGCUGUUUGACUUCACAGCAGAGGGCGAGGACGAGCUGUCACUAAAGGUCGGUGACAUCAUGACACAGGUGGAGCCUGUGGAUGAGCAGUGGAUUUUGGGAGUUGUGGGCGGGAAGCGUGGGAUUGUGCCUAAAAACUACAUUUCACUUCUCUGACGAGGAAAUCCUGAAACGGCCCGAGAGCAACUUUCUUUUAUCGUCUGUUAAAACAGGUUCCGGUUUCGAACCGGCAACCUCCCGACCUGCCGACGCCGCGGAGCGUUUCCUGCGCUGAGGAGGAACGUGCACACGAAUCUGAACAUUCACAUUUUGAAGCAGUUUUUUAAUGAAACAAAAGCAGCCCGGUCGGUUUUUAGUGGUAAUUUUGUUAUUGAUCUGGACUCUGACAUGUCAUCGGAUUGACAACCCUGACCUGACGUCGCCAUGGCAACUGAGACGUAUGAUGACAAAGAACAGGAUGGACCUGUGCUGCCUUGACGACGGAGGAAAACUGAUGUCGAUGACGUUGAGUUUUGUCUCAGCUUCCUGUCAUGUUGUGACGUUUUUGUGGGACUGGAUUCGACUCUUUUGGAUUUGACUCUUUUGGAUUCGACUCUUUUGGAUUUGACUCUUUUGGAUUUGACUCUUUUGGAUUUGACCGGGACUCGAACCCUGAAGCUCCUGCUCGUGACAGUUUUUGCGCUGGUGUGAAAUCGAUCAGUGUGAUGGGACAUAAAGGAAAAACACACGGCUGCUUUUUAGACGACUUCAGCUUUGCCUCUUUGUAUCUGUUACAGAUGUUUAACAAAAGUUUUUAUGGUGUCCGUGGAAACAGCAUCCGAACUGGAAGCUCUCAGCUCCGCAGGAGGAUUAAUUCACUUUAAGUAACUCAGUUAAAACCUAGAACAACAUUUAUCUUUAACAUAGUGAACCGUGCCGAGCGUUAAUUCUCCUCCAGAGCCGGAGGAGAUCAGGAAACUGAAUUAAAGCUCCACAUUAAUUCAUUCAGUUUUCAGAUGAACGACUGCGAGGUCUCGCUUUUCAAUAGUUAAUGUGUCCGUGGAGCGGCGGCGAGGCGAGUGUGAGCUGCAGGCAGGAAGUUGUUGUGCGACCUGAGUGACGCUUGGUGCUGUUAUAUAAUAUUUUAAACUUGUAGAGCAAAAAUUUUUUUCCUCUUUUGAGACAAAUUAUUAGUAAAUUUUCGUUGAAAUGUUUUGUUUUGCGACACUGGUACCUGUAGCUAUUUAUAAAUGACUGUUGCACAUUUCUCAUUGGAGAAACUUUUUAUAAAAUGUUUCACAUUCCCGAAGCUUUGAAGUUUAAACCGGAUCAUUUAAAAGAGAAAACACUACGACUAGUUUUCAUCUGUUGUCACUGCUGAUCAAAGCUUUUCUAACCGUGUGAGACUCGACACGUCGCACAAGAUCCAAAAAUACUGUAAAAGCACCGUGUGCUUGAGGAAAGUUGCGUGAUUAUUUUUUAAGUUUGACGUAUUUUUGAAAACAGUUGGCAUUAAAGUAAAAUAAAUACACGUAACGCUGUAUUUAAACUUGCAGUUAAAUCUCGACACUAAGAGCGAGCAGCUCAGUAAACGACAAAAACACAAAAGGUCAUGAAACUCAACCGUACACUUCGAACCUUUUUUAAAUCCCUUCUGGUACUUAAACAUGUUGAUGCUUUAUUAGUCAGCUGUUUAAAGCAUUUAUUACAGCUUUAAAUGUCACGCUCCUCUUGCUUCCUGCAGUUAAACGGUGUGUGUGAGGUGGUUUUGAACGCGCUUUGUGCCAACAACAGGAAGUGUGUCUGUCACAACGUUAGCGACGGUGCGGCUCUGGAUGUGAUUUUUAAAAACGUGCUUGUUCCUUCUAUCAGUCCUCACGUGUUCCUUCACAUUUCCUCCUUACGUUUCCUUCCUCUUAAAAAAAAACGGCAUCUCUCAUUGGUUCGUUCAUCAACUGAAGUGUUUUUAUUCUCAUUGAAGAUAAAACAUGGACGAUUUUCUCUUAAUGUGCUGUCAGCAAAUUAGCAGUGAUGAUGAAUUCCUCUUAUUAAAUUAAUGAUUUUAGUUGUUUGUCUGACACUUGAAGGUCUUAAAAAUGUACUAACUUUUUACAUUAUUCAGUUAUUAUUUAUUAUCUUUUCCAUUUAAUUUUGAAAGUCUUGACGGCAGUGUUAAACAUAGAUUUACAAAAUAAAAUGCAGCCAGAUGACAGUGAGGUUGUAUUAUAGUAGACGGUGCUUGGUUGUCCACUUCUUUUUAAAUUGCUGUAUGUGGAGUCCUGAACAUGACAAUAAUGUGACGUGAUUAUUUUGUCAAAAUGUUUAUUUACUAGAGAAACUUUUCUGACAGUUUAUUUUAAAUCUAAAUGGUCACUGAUGGUCAGAGCUCCUAAAAUGUAAUUAGAUGAUGUAAAAUGCGUCGUAAAAAAAAAACACAACACAAAUCAUGCAGUUUUUGUAAUUUGACAGUAAUGAAAGACGUGUGGGGAAAUGUUUUACAGUUACAGACAGAAGAUGCUUUCACUCUUCUCUGCUCUGUGCAGACACUCGCAUCCAGCCGUCUGUUAAAAUCACCCUCACCAGACAAUCCAGCCACUGCUUCAAGUGCAAACAGUUCAUUGUUCAUUGAAGAAAACCUUUCAGCAUCCAUCCAUCCAUCCAUCCAUCCAUCCAUCCAUCCAUCCAUCCAUCCAUCCAUUCAUUCCCUCCAUCCAUCCAUCCAUCCAUCCACCAUCCCUCCAUCCAUCCAUCCCUCCAUCCAUCCAUCCAUCCAUCCCUCCAUCCAUCCAUCCAUCCAUCCAUCCAUCCAUCCAUCCAUCCAUCCCUCCAUCCAUCCAUCCAUCUUUCCCUCCAUCCAAACGUCUUCACGACUAAUUUGGUGUCAACUCGCUAAAGAGAAAAUCUUCCAUGUGGCAUCUAUUGGACUGAUUGUGCACCAAUGUAAUGAUGUAACACUAGUGUGUGUGUGUGUGUGUGUGUGUGUGUGUGUGUGUGUGUGUGUGUGUGUGUGUGUGUGUGUAAAAGUGAGUGCGACAGAAACAGAGAUUUAUAAAUCGCUUUCUAACAGAUAUUUUAUGUAUAACCAAACAUUCCAACUUUUUAAUCCAAAUAAAAUUUUGAGGCAUUUCAGUAA